CUCUUGUUGGACGGGAGACAGCAGCACACAGCAGGCAGGAUGACAAACCAGUCCACCGUGAAUCAGUCCAACAUAAAGAAGCAGAAGAAGGAAGAAAUCCUGCGAGAUGACAACACGGAGCUGGCGUAUAAAGACGCUGGUCACUGCAGCCGCAACACCCACAACCUGCUGCUGGGACUCACGGUUCUCGGUGUUGUGAUGGGGUCAGUGUUUGGGAUGUUCCUGCGGUACAUGGUGGUGACAGACUACGCUGCCCUCACUAUGAUUUCCUUUCCUGGAGAUAUCCUCAUGAGGAUGCUGAAGAUGCUCAUCCUGCCUCUAAUCAUCUCCAGCCUUAUUACAGGGCUCGCUGGUCUUGACGCCCGCUCCAGUGGCAGGAUGGGCAGCAGAGCCAUGGUGUACUACAUGUCCACCACUGUAAUCGCUGCCAUCCUGGGGGUCAUCCUGGUGCUGGGAAUCCACCCGGGUAACCCCAAACUGAGGGGCAGCAGAACCUCCACAGCUCCAAAGAACCAAGAGGUCAGCAGCCUGGAUGCCUUCCUUGACCUGCUUCGAAACCUCUUCCCUGAGAACCUGGUCCAGGCCUGCUUCCAACAGGUCCAGACUGUCCUGAAGCAGGUGCCGGUCUCGGUGUCAAACCAAAGCGAGCCCUUGAUCGUGAACAGGAAAACACUGGAAAACAAAUGGGGCAUGAACGUUCUUGGCUUGAUCGGCUUCUUCAUCACCUUCGGGAUCUGUUUGGGCCGGAUGGGCGAGCGGGGGAAGGUCAUGUGCAACUUCUUCAACAUCCUCAAUGAAAUCAUCAUGACGAUGGUUUCCAUGAUCAUGUGGUACUCUCCUAUUGGCAUCGCCUCUCUGAUCGCAGGGAAGAUCGCUGCCAUUGGAGAUCUGGAGGUGGUGGCCAGGCAGCUGGGCCUCUACAUGGUGACUGUAAUUGUGGGUCUGGUGAUCCACGGCGGCUUGAUCCUCCCUGCUAUAUUCUUUGCAAUCACCAGAAAGAGCCCCUUUGUGUUCUACUCCGGGAUUUUCCAAGCGUGGAUCACGGCUCUGGGAACUGCCAGCAGUGCAGGCACGUUGCCUGUCACCUUCCGCUGUCUGGAGGAAAAUCUGAAGAUUGAUAAACGUGUGACUCGCUUCGUGUUGCCCAUCGGUGCCACCAUCAACAUGGACGGCACCGCCCUGUAUGAGGCUGUGGCAGCCAUCUUUAUUGCCCAGAUGAAUGACAUCUCACUAGAUGCUGGACAGAUUGUCACCGUGAGUAUGACCGCCACCCUGGCCAGUGUUGGAGCUGCCAGUAUUCCCAGUGCCGGACUGGUGACCAUGCUGCUGAUCCUGACAGCUGUUGGCCUGCCCACUCAGGACAUCAGCCUCCUGAUCGCCGUCGACUGGCUGCUUGACAGAAUGCGCACCUCCAUCAAUGUGGUGGGCGACUCGUUCGGUGCCGGCAUUGUGGAUCACUUGUCAAGAGCAGAACUGGCCGAGCUGGACGCAGCCGAAAUGCUCCCGACGGAGGAGGCGCUAGCUUUCAUCCUGCCGCCUCCGAUCCUCACAGAAAUGGACCUGGUCGAUCCUCUCAAGCCGCCCGAGCUGCCCCCCCGGUCUCCUCGCCCGCUCAAACUAAACCAUCACAGCCACGUCCUCUCCCAGUCCCAGUCCAUCACUCACUCUCCUUCCUGUUCUGUCCGAUCUCCUUCGCCCCGCUCCGUGCGCUCCCCCUCUCCGCGCUCCGUCUGCUCCCAUUCCCCUCGGCCUUUCCGUUCUCAUUCUCCACGCCUCCUCCGCAGGACGGAGCCGGGCUACUGCCCCCUGCCCAGCCAUGACAACCAGAUUUCCACAAUUCCACGCUCCCACAGAGAGCGGGACAGAGAGCGGGAACGCCUGAGGAGAGAAAGCGAAACGGAGGAGGAGGAGGACAGAGAGAGAGUUCUGGGAGAAGUGAGUGACGGCGAGGAGAGUGAUGACACCGCUUACGAUCGGAGGUGCGCCAUCCCUCUUGGCGAUCUGCCAUAACUACAUUUUACGAGGAUAAAUUACCAGAAUAAAGCUUUGAUCGGUUUGUUUCUUUUUU